CCGAGACAGACAGAGGGGUAACUGUAGUGUAAGGGUGUGGGGCGGUACAUGCUUAUUACAUUACAUGUUACUUGUCAGACGCUUUUAUCCCUGUAGAUACAACAGUCACACUUUGUAGAGAACACGUUCUUUCUCUGUCUUCGUUCAGGUUCUAACUUUGUCUCCCCCACCCACAGAAACAUCACCUCCAGAACACUGCAGGAACACAGGCAGCCCAGGAUGGCCCGGGUGCUGUGCAGAGCGCAGGUCUCCUACCUGCCGGGGCUCCAUGUGUUGGUGCACCGUGUGUGUGCAGCCAGAGCCUCCUCUGCUGCGGGGCCCUCGGGACCCUCGGGCUCUGAUGUAGCCAUCCAUCCCUCCAGCAUGGGACUGCAGACAGUGUGGCCUGAUGAGAGCAUGGGGCCUUUCGGGCCCCAGGACCAGCGCUUCCUGCUGCCUGGUAACGUGGGCUUUGUCUGGCAGCUGGAGGGCUUAGCAGAGCAGAGGAAGGGCCCGGCACACAAGGGGGUCCCUGACCUGCUGUUGUCAAUGUCCAGCAGUGAGAGACAUGACUUCAUUCUGGCCCAAUGCAUCGGAGAGUUCUCUGACAAAGAGUACACAGCUCCGUCUGGUGUUGGUAGAGCGGAGCAGUACUUGGACAGUUCCAGUCUGGAGUGUGCGAUACAGUCCUGCCCUGAACUACUAAAACAAGAUUUCCAGUCCAUGUUUCCUGAGGCUCCAUCCACUGGUAUGAUUGUGGUCACAGUGACCCAGAAGACCAAGAACGAUAUGACAUCAUGGAGUGCAGAGGUGGAACAGGAAAGAGAGCAGACCCUUAACAAAUUUGUUGAAGGAGCAAAGGAGAUCUGCUACGCUCUGCAGAGAGAAGGAUUCUGGGCUGACUUUAUCGAGCCAUCCUCUGGCCUGGCGUUCUUUGGCUCGUACACCAACAACACACUGUUUGAGACGGAUGACCGGUACCGUCACCUGGGCUUUCAGAUCGAGGACCUGGGCUGCUGCAGAGUGAUCCGACACUCUCUGUGGGGGACACAUGUUUUUGUGGGGACAAUAUUCACCAACGCACCACCCAGCAGCCUUAUUAUGAAGAAGUUGCAGGGCAGCUGAACACAAUUCAGGCAUACUGGGCUGCCAUUAAAACUCUGGAAAACGGACAGUGUAUGAACUGUUUGGUGAUGGAAUUCUUUACUUCAGUUUAUCCUUUUAGUUAAAGAACAACUUAAACUGACUCCUGUGUUGUAAUCUGUGCAACGUGUAUGUAUAAUUGUUAGAUGAUUUUGAUUAAUAUUUAUAGAUUACAAUCCCUUGGGUUGAGAAGCUGCUGUCAUCAUAUUAAAGAGCUUGUUGGAUUAAAUCACUUACCAACUCUCACCCUGUCUUUCACUGCUAAUCUGAUAUUAUUGUCUGAACUGUCAUCUGAUUUUUCUUGGAAGCCAAACACUCUACUCUCGUUGGUCAUAUUUCUUGAAAUUGUAGUAUUAUUAAAGCAGGGAAACACUGGA